AUGAACGAAACGAACGGCUCCGAAGCAGAAACAAACAGCUCGGGGGAAGAUAUGAGUGAAACGAACGGAUCGGAAGAAAGAUCCUUCGAGAUUCCCGGGGCGAUCAAGCUAACUAUAGAAGAUAAGUUUCUUAGUCCUGAAGAAGUCCUCGCCUUAAUGCACACCCAUCGACCAUCAGCGAAAAACAUACCACGAGGUAUCAAAAAAAACGUAGCAUUCGUUUUGGAAAACAAGAACAAUCUCACUCGUAAAAACCCAUCAUUACGUUUUAAAACAACACAACAAGCUGGUUUACUUAGAUAAAAAAAGAUGGAAAAUAUGUCAGAUUUGUUAAAGGCAAGCGUGUUCCGAUCGAGCCUCAACCUGCAGCUGAUGCGAUUAUCAUGUUUAAGCAGUAUUAUAUAACUUUAAAACGCGAUCCGUCAUACAAACGACGUAUUUCGUUUUUGACUCAGUGCCCAGAGAACAUGGAAUCCAUGAAAAAUCUAGCAGUGGUGGAAUAUAUCGGCGCUUUUUGUCAGAAACCUGAACCUCACGGUAACAGCAAAAAGACCACUAGUGAGUGUGUCCGUACAUCAUGCACUGUGAAAAGAAAACUAGAAGAAAUGACUGAAACGAACAAGGCAUUGGCACCGAGAGACAUUUAUGAACACAUGGUACUAAAUGGAUCAGACUGUGGACCCAGGGAUUUGAAACAAGUGCAAAAUGCAAAGUACCACAACAAGAAGCAGAAAACCAACAAUAAACUAUACUGCCAAAACGUUGCAGAUGAAAUACAAACUCCCUUUCGGAAAUGCACAAACAUCCCUUCAUACAAGAAGUAAUCCAAACCAAAGGAAAGCCACCUUCUGUGAUAUUAUGUCUAGAGGAGAAUUUGCGCGAUGUCAAGCAGUUCUGUACUCCAACCCAGAUUUCCCAAAUUGGUACCCAGAUUUCCCAAAUUGUGAUCGGAUCGGACGAAGAAGUGGCACUCUUAAAAGCCAUUAAACAAUGUUUUCCUGCCGCGGUGCAGGUACUUUGCACCAGACAUUUAGAAGAAAAUGUGCGUCGCUACCUCACGAAUAAAGUUGGUUUGGAUGAUAAAUCGAGAAAAACUAUCAUUAGCAAAAUCUUUGGCAAAAAUCGAUUGAUAUUGUGCAAUAGCAGCAAGAACUUUGAGCUUACGUACAUUAAAUUGUUGGACAAGUUCCACAAGCGUUUGCCUUCAUUUAAGGACUAUUUCAUUAAAAUAGCAGAGAAAAUCCGCUCUGGUGUGUUUCAAGCUCGACUAAACAAUAAAUGGAUUCCCAUUGACUGGAAGAAUAGUUCCUGUGAAUCAAUGAAUCAUAUAAUUAAAUUGUCAACAAACUGGACUAGUAUGAAACUACCAGCUUUGGUUGACAGACUAUAUAGAAUUGUCAAGCUGCAACAAAUUGAUUGCAGACGUGCGUUAUAUGGGGAAGGUAACUACGAGCUAGCUCCAUGGAUGAAAAAAUUGAAAGUAUCGAAUGUUCACUGGAAGCAAAAGACAGAAGAAGAGAAAGAACAAGUGUUCAAAAAAUUUAUGAAAGGAUUGCCAGAAAGGAAACAGGUAAUUAGUUCUACAGAUGGUUUAUUAAGUGUACCAAGAACGCCGAAAAUUGCAAGAAAACCAGGGCAGAGAAAGAGAGUUAAAAACAUUAGAACAUGA